UGGUCGUCAGUUUCAUAACCCAUCGUGUUUUGGAGAGUGUGGCCGUUGGAGAUAUUAUGCAACAGAUUUAUUAGGUUUUAUUUGGCUUGGUUUUAUCCAACAGAAAAAAAAAUCCAACAAAAUCUCCAAAAAAAAUACUUAGCUAUACUAACGUAGCUACAGGUUUUAAACCCUGCGCCAGCGACAAACUCAGCGACGAUGCCCAAGAAGGAGACCUUCGAUAUGAUGCCAACGACGGUAAAACUGUGCCGCAUCGUUGGAUUCCUGGACCGGGACGUGGCCGGUGAUACCCGGCAGAGAGCCGUUGUGGUAAUUUCGGGCAUAACGGUGUUCAUGACCAUACCGAAUCUUAUUUAUCUCAUCAGAAAGGAGAAAAGUUUGGAACGCACCUUCCGGGUUGUUAUCGAAUCGAUCGCAAUGGUGAGCAUCGUUUUCCGGAUGAUGUUCCAUUACAUCAAUCGGGACGGGAUGCAGGCGUGUUAUGAUGACGUUCGAAGCGUUUUCAACGAAUACGUUAAUAGCCCGGUAGCAGAGGUCCAAAAAACCUUGAAGCAUUUGUACAAAUCGGCGGAAUUUCUAGUAAAAUUCUAUCUAUACGGGGUGAUGUCUCAGGCAGUCAGUUUUGGACUUAUCCAGGCCGUUAUUACUACCGUAAAAUAUUUCGUAAAUGGUCACGUGGAGCAGUUCCCAGCACCAGUUAUUGAAGCAGAUCAUUUUUUCUUCGCAUAUGAUUCAUCUUUCUGGAUAUGGUUGCCCGUCAUGGCGAACGCUCUGAUCUGGCAGUACUAUUUAGUGGUCAUACUGAUGGCAAACGAGUGCCUUCAUUGGAAUCUGCUGCAUCAUGUUUCGUGCCUUUUCAAAAUAAUGAGACUUGAAAUUCUACAAGCCAACGAUGUCAGGGACAGCAGUUCGUUUAGGGCCAAAAUAAUAAGGAUUAUUCGCAUUCAAAACGUUUGCUACAAGAGCGCCGGACAUUUGGAAGAUUCCUUAAGUCCCGUUAUGGUUUUGUUGUACUGCUCGUGCAUUCUUCAAGCCUGUAUCGGUAUGUUUGUGAUAAGUGUGGUCAAUAACUUUUUUCUGAUAGCAAUUAUGGCAUUCAUCUUUCAGUACACAACUUUCCAGAUUUUUUCCUUCUCGAUGCUUAGCACUGAGCUGAUCGAAGCCAGCGUUUCACUGUCGGAUGCCGUCUAUUCGCUGGAAUGGUACAAUCGCACCCUGGAAGAGCAAAAAUUGCUGCAAUUCGUACACAUGAGAUCGCAAAAAAUGGUUGCCAUCAGCGCAGGAAAGUUCUUUCCCAUGACGAGGACCACAUUCGCCGGGGCGAUGCGGACGGUAUUCUCAUAUUACACAUUGAUGAGGCAAUUUUAUGACAAAUAAAAGUGGCCUGGUAUUGCGAGCUGCUCUGUUCGAUUGGUAUUAAUUUUUAAUUAUUGAAUAUAACAAGAUAUUGCA